AACUACGAAUUUCAACGGUCGAAUUUCUGCUGCAGUUUGAGAGAGAGAGAGAGAGAGAGAGAGAGAUGGGGAGGAGGAAAGGGAGAAAACAGACCCAAAAAACCCUAAUUUCAACGCAUGAAAAUUGCCAAAUUGGUGGAGAGGCAGAAGAAAGGAAAGGGGAGGGGUUUUUUGCAUGCUAUCUGCUGACUUCACUCUCUCCCAGAUUCAAAGGGCAAACCUACAUCGGAUUUACGGUGAACCCUCGGCGGAGAAUAAGGCAGCACAAUGGCGAAAUUGGGAGCGGGGCGUGGCGGACGAAGCGCAAGCGUCCCUGGGAAAUGGUGUUGUGCAUCUAUGGCUUCCCAACAAACGUUGCCGCUCUUCAGUUCGAGUGGGCUUGGCAACACCCUGUAAAAUCCCUUGCAGUAAGAGUGGCAGCUGCAAGUUUCAAAUCCAUCUCUGGACUUGCUAACAAAAUUAAAUUAGCAUACACAAUGCUCACUCUUCCUGCCUGGCAGAGUUUGAACCUCACCAUGAAUUUCUUCUCAACUAAAUACCAAAUUUAUAUCUCUGGUUGCCCUACCUUGCCUGAGCAACAACGGACCCAAGUUCGUUCGAUGGAUGAGUUGCCCUGUUAUAACUGGAAUGCGUGCUUGAAUGAUGAAAUCGAGGCUGAUGAAGAGUUUGAAGUGAGUGGUAGUUUCGAGCCAUCAACAUCGGAAGAAUCAACAAGAACAGUGCAUGAUUCUCCGAGCAACCAUUGUAGUUUUGAAGAAAACAUGCACAUAGAAAUGAAUCAGAAGGAUAAUAGCAGUUGUGAAUUAAAUGAAUGUUCGGAGGAAAGAGAGCAAGAUCAGAGGCAGACCUUUUUGGUCCUUGAUAAUGACUACUCUUUUGGAGCAUCAUCUUCAUUUGUCACCGACUCAUGUGAUAUUGCCGGUUAUACUGAAGCAGGGCAAAAAUGUGCCUACGUGUCACCUGAUAAGCUGUCUAUAGCCACCUUCCUUUCAGACAAAGAACCAUUUUCAACCGAGGCCUCCUGGGAUACUGUCAGUUACAUUGAGGACGGGCAGAAAAGUCUGGACAUGGCACAUCAGAAACAGUUGACAGCCACCUCGAGCUCAGACAAAGAACCAUUUUCAGUUGAGGGUCCUAGUAUUCGUCGUAAAGUUGAGGUAAUAGAUAUAUUUACACCUUCACCAUGCUACAGAGUAAAUACAGGCAGCAAGAAGAGAAGGCCAGCUGUUUAUCCUGAGAUAAUUGACUUGACCAACUCUCCCAUGUUUGUUUAGUUGUCUUCAACAUAUCAUUGUUGUAAUGAUUUUUGAGAUGUCUCACUUUAUCACCACUAUUAGUUUUCCACCUGUGCAUAAUGCACCGAGGUGUAUAAAUAUGAAUUCACCUGAGAAAUAUUAUUCACCAAAACGAACACUAAUUUUAAGCAUCGUAAUGUCUUAGUCAGCUAUCCGACUAGCCUAACCUGUGUUAAACCUAUGUAUACUUGACCAAAUGAUCUAUUGCGGACCUCAUCCCUGAUAGCGGACCCAUCUCCAUAUCAAUCCAACACAUUAUCCACGAACUCAGAC